GAAGGCAACAAUACAAAGUGAUCAUACCAAUGGAGCCAUGUUUUCUUAUUUCGCUUUUCCCUUUCCAGCAACGCCUGUACGGAAUAUCGGUUGUGAGGCCAAAAAGCAUGCUCUAUGCAAUCUACCAGUGAUACACCACCAUUGAUCGAGAUUGGAAAUACAGAUACAGACUGGGAGAAAAGAGUGUGUGUGAGUGAGAGUUAACCAUGGUGUCGUAUAUGAGCUUGUUGAUGUAUGGAGUCGGCGGAAUUGUGGUGGCCGGAAUGGCAUUAUUGGUGGUGUUUCAGGAAAAAUUAGUUUACGUGCCGGUUUUGCCUGGUCUCACCAAGUCGUAUCCAAUCACUCCAGCUCGACUCCGCCUGAUUUAUGAAGACGUGUGGCUUACUUCUUCCGAUGGUCUUCGCCUUCACUCCUGGUUCAUCAAGUUCUCACCUGAUUGUACAGGCCCAACUAUUCUAUUCUUCCAAGAAAAUGCUGGAAAUAUUGCACAUCGUCUUGAGAUGGUGCGGAUAAUGUUACAGAAGUUGCAUUGUAACAUUUUCAUGCUUUCCUACAGAGGGUAUGGUGCUAGUGAUGGUUAUCCUUCUCAACAAGGAAUCAUAAGGGAUGCUCAGGCUGCUCUAGAUCAUCUCAGUCAGAGGACAGACAUUGACACUUCUCAGAUAGUAGUCUUUGGAAGAUCUCUUGGUGGAGCAGUUGGUGCUGUGGUUACCAAAAACAAUCCUGAUAAAGUUGCUGCACUAGUACUGGAGAAUACUUUCACAUCGAUCCUAGAUAUGGCUGGAGUUCUACUGCCCUUUUUGAAGUGGUUUAUUGGAGGAAGCAUCUCUAAAGGCCCAAAAAUUCUUAAUUUUGUUGUACGUUCUCCCUGGAAUACCAUUGAUGUAAUCAGCCAGGUUGAACAGCCAAUUCUUUUCCUUUCUGGACAACGAGAUGAAAUGGUUCCUCCAUUUCACAUGCAGAUGCUGUAUGCUAAAGCAGCUGCACAUAACAAACGAUGCAUCUUUGUGGACUUCCCUACUGGCAUGCACAUGGACACAUGGCUGGCUGGUGGAGAUCAUUAUUGGAAAACCGUCCAGACAUUUAUACAACAAAAUGUUAGAGAAAAGAAGGAUGAUGAAUCUCGCCUUAAUACAAGUGAUUCCGACGCUCAGUGACCAACUUCUUUAAAAACGGCAGAUGACAGUGUUAAUCCGACCACCAAUGAGCUCAUAAACAAAUUAGAAUUCUGGUGGUGCAGAGACGUUGCGGUAAGCCGUUAAAUGACUUGGACUCGGCCUUGGAUUAGAAAACAUAUCGAACCCUUUGUGCUGUGUUGUGAAAUGAUCACAAAAUGUGUGAAAUGUUGAAACCUAGAUUUUCAAAUAUAUAUCUUAAAAACCUCUGCUAAUUCGCUGAUGAAGUAAAACUCUUAUACGAAAAAGCCGUUUCUUGUAACUGCUGUUUGACAGAACAUACGGACAUCGUGUUGCCUUGCGUAUUGUUGAUUUUAAUGCCGUAAUCAUUAGAUUUGUUGU